CCUCUCUACUCUAUUCUUUAAUUUCCCCAUACACAACACAAACCCCCUCCUGCAUUUAAUGCAUAUAUACAUUAAUUCUCAUCUCAUCUCAUCUCAUCUCAUCUCUACAUUUACUAUAUAUAUAUCCCAAAAACGCAUCCUCUCCUAUUACAUACACAACUAUAUAUACUCUUAAACUCAACUUAUAUAACUAUAAAAUACAUAUUCUAUAACUGUACUAAGGCUAUAUAUAAUAUAUACUUGAUUUGUUCGAUAAUCUCGAUCGUAAUAAUGAAUAUCAAUAUGUCUUCUUGUGUUGCCCUAAUUAUUUUCACUCUUCUUUGUCUUAAUGCUUCUUUGCAUGCAUGCAAUGCUCGUCAUCUUCCUCAUCAUCAUCACCAGCAAAAAGAGCAAGAAAAUAAUAAUAAUAAUAAUAAUAUGAAUAAUGGUGCAAUUCACGCUUUGAAGCACAAAAAUCCAUUGAUGAUGAUCCAACAACAACAUCAUGAUCAACCUUCUAUUGAUCAAGGAGGAAACGAUCUCACAACAAAACCAUAUUUAUCAUCAUCACAUACUGAUCAGUUGUUCAAACGUUCAAGUGUUGAAUUUACUAAUAAUAAUAAUAAUAAUAUUAAGGGAGAAAAUGAGAAGGGUAAGAGUCUAAGGUCAAUGCUGGGAUAUGAUGAAGAAGAUGUUAAUGCUAAUAAUAAGGAAAACAAAAGGAGUAAUGAAGAAGAUAUAGAUAUGAUGGACUAUGCUCAACCUCACCGAAAGCCUCCAAUUCACAACCAAAGACCCUAAUUAAUUAAUUAAUAAUACACAUACACACUCUUAUUUAUUGUUCUUGCAUUUGUCUUUUAUAUAUUGUUGUACUAAUAAUAAUAAUAAUAUAUAGUGUAGUGGUGUAUGAUAAUAAGAACUACGUAUUUUGCCCUUUUUGGGACAUUUUGUUGUUUAAUGAAAAAUAUAUUCACACAUAUACAAAUAUAUAAUGCAAACUGGUUCAUCAUGAUAUAUAAUGUUUGUAUAUAUAUGUAUGUGUAAGUGUAUAUGUACUACUUGUUUUUGUUUUAAGUGUGUGGAAAAUAAAAAGUGAUUAUAUAAAUAUGGGAAUGGAAAUAUGCAUGAAACAUGUGUGCCC